UCAAUAUUGACUGUGCACGGGCGCUCCAGACAUAACUCGAUGCCGUGUGACGCGUGACAGACGCGUUCGUAACUCAGCGCGUCGACGCGUCUCACGCACACAUCUGCACCAUGGCGGCCGUGGCACUCGCGAACAUAUGGGACGACCCAGUCGUUCAAUCUCCUCGUGCUGUAUCUUCUCCGCCUAGUGACCAUGAUGACCGUUUGCAGCCGUCUGACCGUCCCGCGAAACGACCGCGGACUACUCUCUUCUUUGAAUCCGACUCGGAAGAGGAAGCGACACCGCCAGUGGCGCGAAGGACAGGACAAUCUACCGCAUAUCGCUCGGAGAUCGAUGCAAUGUUUGACAAUCUGGAUGAUGAGCCUAUCCACGACCUCCCUCCAGCCCUUGAUCUCGACGCCUUGCGGCGCGAAGAGGAUGCGAAGAAUGCCAGGACGUUAGCAAAAUCCUCACCGCUUGAUCUCACUGGGUCAUCUCAUAAGGGUGCAAGGAAGAAGGGAGAGGAUGAUGAGGACGCGUCAAAAGAGAAGAAAGAGAGGAAACAGUUGCCCAAGUUGGACGCAUCUAGAUUGCUAGGGCCUGACGGAUUUCCCGCCCUCAUAAAGCACGCAAAGACCUUCAAGCCUAAGGGCAAGGGACACGAGGCGGAUGAUUUAAACAGGCUCCUCAACGUAUACCAGUUCUGGACACAUAAACUGUAUCCGAGGAUGCCCUUCGAUGAUACUGUUCAGCGCGUAGAGAAAAUAUGCCAUUCUCAGAGGAUGCAUGUCGCACUUAGUGUAUGGAAAGAUGAGGCUAAGGGCAUCUCCGUAAACGGUCGCAAGCUCGACAUUGGAUCAGACGCGGAAGACGGUGAUAGCGAUGAAGAGGACGAGAAAGGGAGGGCAAGCGCAGACAAUGCACAAGAAAGCCUCCGCGAAUUGGCGUCGUCGUCUCGCGCCCCAUCUCAGGCCCCAUCUUCCGCAUCCGAACCUCCUGCAUCAGACGCGUACGAUGACUUUGAUAUCGAUGCCAUUAUUCGCGAGGAUGAAGAACGCGAACAAGCUGCUGCUGCCUCAGCAGCGCCGCCUACUAGCGACGGAGCUGUCUACGUGUCCAAUUCCAACAAUGUCUCAGGCGACGCCAUCCCGGACGAAGAUGAUAUGAUGUGGGAUGAGUUGAUGGGCGAUCUCCCGGACGUGAAUAUGCAACCGCAGGUGCAGGCACCAAAUCAGCCCAUUCAGCCCACAAGCUCAUCAACACCAGAGGAUGACGAAGACAUGUGGGAUGCUGUUAGAGAGAUUGAAGGCGAGGGAGCAACCGCUGACAGCGGGGCAUUUAUCUCGCCCCCUGCGCCACACAUGCCUCAGGAGGCUGAAACGUCCAAGAGACCAACGAACGAGGAAGGGUGGGACGAAAUGUAUGCGUAGUGACAUAAGUAUAUCCAUAGUCUGCUAUCAGCAAUCAGCGGC